AUGAGGGGGAGAGAGAGAGAUUUUUUGUGGCACCCACGGGGACGUCUAAUAGAGGUCAUCGGGGAGAUUGGUACACAGAAGUUGGGCAUAGCUAGAGAUGCAAGGAUCUGUGAGGUAUUCCGUGAAAGAGUUUGGAGGAUACGCAACUGUCGGGACCAGCAUAUUCGGGAAGUGAUACAGGGUAUAACGUGUCUGCCUCUUUCUCUGUCAGAUUCGGAACCAGAUGCUGUGUCUUGGAAAUGCGGAGAAGGUGACUAUAGAGAAAGGUUCAUUGCCUCAGAAACAUGGCACCAGCUUCGUGGUCGUAAGGAAGAAGUUCGAUGGAGCAAGCUCCUCUGGUUUCCUCAAAAUGUUCCUCGUUAUGCUUUUAUAACUUGGUUGGCCAUAAAGGACAGGUUAGCUACAGGGAGCCGUACAAGACAAUGGGGUCAAGCGCAGAUUUGUGUGUACUGUGGAGAACCGGAUGAGACCCGGGAUCACCUCUUCUUCGCGUGUCCUUAUACUUUCACGCUCUGGCUGCAAGUGGUAGGGAAUCUGUUUGGCUCUGCUCCUGACCCGGACUGGGAAAUCACGCUGCAGCGCCUGAUCAACGGCAACUUUGAUCGUCUUACUUUCAUCCUAUUGAGACUGGUUCUGCAAACUACCAUAUACUUCAUAUGGCGGGAACGUAUCGAUAGAAGACACAACAACGCAGCGAAGACGGUGGACCAGCUGGCCAGAUUAAUUGAUAAGACGAUACGGAACAGGAUCACCUCCACAGGCUACAACUUGAAGAAGAAACUAUAUGGUUUGAUGCAGAGAUGGUUUAGUGCUCACUAA